GGCCGGGAGGGCCGCGGGGCGGCGGGCGCGGCGGCGGGAUGGAGUCGGUGGUUUUCAUCUUCUCGCUGAUCGACUGCUGCGCCCUCAUCUUCCUCUCCGUCUACUUCAUAAUCACACUAUCAGAUUUGGAAUGUGACUACAUCAACGCUCGAUCGUGCUGCUCCAAGCUCAAUAAAUGGGUGGUCCCUGAGGUGAUUGGCCAUGCUGUUGUGACAGUAUUAAUGCUUAUUUCAUUGCACUGGUUCAUCUUUCUCCUUAAUUUGCCAGUAGCAACAUGGAAUAUAUAUAGGUACAUUAUGGUGCCAAGUGGAAACAUGGGAGUAUUUGAUCCCACAGAGAUCCAUAACCGAGGACAACUGAAAUCACACAUGAAAGAAGCCAUGAUUAAACUGGGCUUUCAUCUGCUCUGUUUCUUCAUGUACCUUUACAGUAUUAAUCAACAGAGCACCUUUGAUUCUAAAGAGAAAGAAUAGAGGAAGGGUGACCUGAAGGACUGUUUCGUGGGAUCUGCUGUGAGGGAUUUGGUGACUCUCAGCCAGCCUGCAGCUUUGAGGGUUCUGCUGAUUAGAAAAAGCAAAUUCCUCAAGAGAAAGUAAGCUAAGAAUAAUCUUCAGAGUACAGAGAAAGAGGGGCAAAUGAGUGGACCUCCUCAAGACCCCUUUUCCAUUCUAAUCAUUACUCCUGGACUGCAUUAAACACAGCUGUGUCUGUA